CGUGUGUUCAACAGGAUUAUUUGCCAAUGAUCACCUGCCGUACGCUCACGAAAGGGAAGCGUCGCCAGAAAACAGAGAACAAUUCCCGUCUCUCGCCGAAAUGACGAAAAAGGCAAUCGAAAUUCUGCAAGCAGGAAAUGACAACGGAUUUUCGUUACUGGUGGAAGGAGGAAGAAUUGACCACGCUCAUCACGCCUUACAAAUGAAUGCCGCAUUCCUGGAACUUCUAGACAUGGAGUCUGCAGUUUCUGCGGCCAUGGAAAUGACUGACCCGGAUGAAACCCUCAUCAUAGUCACAGCCGAUCACUCACACACCAUGUCUUUCGGUGGAUGGCCACAACGUGGAACGCCAUUGCAUGGC